GACAGCAGUUGCAAUCAUUUGAGACAAAAUAUGGAGGCAAGACAUCACUCUUGUUCGUAUUUUUCCCCAUUAUUCAACUUUCACCAUGGCAGCAAAUCUCUCCUUGAGCCCCGAGGAAGCGCGAGAUCGAAUCGCCAUCCGUCAAGUCAUCGAUCAAUAUGCUCACUGUGCCGAUCGCCGCUUACCAGACGAGCAAAUGUCCCUCUUCACCGAUAAAACCAACUUCUUAGUAUACAUGCAAGGAGAAGGAUCGUCGCCCUCGCAAGUUGUCGAAAAACGAGAGGAUUUGCGACCAGUCUUUGAGUUUCUGCGCGGCUACACCCACACAACGCAUUUUAAUGGACAAAGCACCAUUGACAUCGGACCGGACGGCAAGACUGCUUCUGGCGAAACAUAUUGCAUUGCAUAUCAUUUGUCUGAAAAGGACGGUCACCGGCAAAUGUACGUGGCCAGUUUGCGGUACCAGGAUAUCUUGAAAAAAGAGGCCGAUGAUAUCUGGCGGUUCUCGGAGCGGAAGCUGUACCUCGAUUGGUCAGAGACGAGACCGUCGAAUCCAUAGUCAUUUCAUAGGUUGAUUCCUUUAAUUCCAUGGCGUUGUCAUUUUGCCGCCUGCAUUAUGGAUACGCAUAUCGUCCAUACUCCGCAC